UUCAGCUCCCCUGCCCAUUUUUUAAUUGGAUUAUUUGCUUUUUGUUUGUUGAGGUGUGUUAGCUCUUUCUAUAUUUUGGAUGUCAACCCUUUAUCGGAUCUGUCAUUUAUGAAUAUAUUCUCCCAUACUGGAGGAUGACCUUUUGUUCUAUUGAUGGUUUUCUGUACUGUACAGAAGCUUUAAAGUUUGAUAUGGUCCUAUUUGUUCAUUUUUGCUUUCCUUUCCCUUGCCUGGGAAGAUAUGUUCAUGAAGGCACUCAUGUUUGUGUCCAAGAGAUUUUUUCCUGUUGUUUUCUAAGUGUUUUAUGGUUUCAUGACUUACAUUCAGGUCUUUGAUCCAUUUCAAAAUUACUUUUGUCUAUGGGGUUAGACAAUGAUCCAUGUUUCCUCCUUUUUUGCAGUCAUCACCUCGGCCUUUGCAGCUAUGACCCUGACCACCAGCAGUGGGACCAGUAGCUCCAUGUUUGGCGUUACCACCUCAUCGCCUUUCACGUCUGGGGUGUGAGCAGGUCCCGCUGGCAGUGGGGGCUUUAGGAUGAGCAUGGCUGCCCCCCACAGCAGCUCCACCACUGGGACAUUCAGCUUUACGUCAGGACGGACUGGGAGAACUGGUCUCAAGAACCCUUUCUGGGGAGGGUUGAAUCCGAACUCCCUGGGUGCAGCUGGCCAGAGCACACCCUUUCCCUUCCACAUGGCCAGCACGCCUCAGAACACGUCUGGGAUUGCAGCCAUCACCUCGGCCUUUGCAGCUAUGACCCUGACCACCAGCAGUGGGACCAGUAGCUCUGUGUUUGGCGUUACCACCUCAUUGCCCUUCACGUCUGGGGUGUGA